ACACAUGUGGGCGGUGUUUUAAAUAUUAACCAACCAUCAUAUAUCAGACGCUCGGCAUCAUAUCAGCUAAAAGCUUGUGAUCGGUCUGGAAAAAUAGCUAGAGGUCCACCUAACUUUCAGAAUGGCAUUUUAUCAACAACAGCCGUUUUACAACCCGAAAACUCCAUUCAAAGGUUCGAUUCAGGGAGGCUUACAGGUUGGGAAGAUCAUAACCAUAAGUGGAAGGGUUUUGCCAAAUGCUAAUAGAUUCGAUGUGAACCUCCAGUGUGGUUCUCAUUCCCAGGCAGACAUUGCUCUGCAUUUUAACCCACGUUAUGAGAGUGGUUCUGUGUAUGUAGUGCACAACACCUUACAGAACCGUAUUUGGGGUUCGGAGGAACGCAAGUAUGAAAAUCCCUUCCCUCAGGCCACGUUUAACCUCCAGAUCCUUGUCACCCAGGACUCAUACAAGAUAAGCACUAAUGGGGUACACUUCAUGGACUUCAGACACCGUGUUGCAUUCACUCAGGUUGACACUAUCACAGUAAACGGGAUGGCGGAGCUGAACUCCAUUGGAUUCCAGGAUCCUGCUCCCUUCAUACCUCCACAAACAGUUUUUCUGCCUCAGUUUGCCACACCUCCUGGAUAUGGGUUCCCAGCAUAUCCAACUGCAGCUGCCUAUACUGUCCCAUACAAAACGGUAAUCAACGGUGGAUUAUACCCUGGCAAAAACAUUAUCAUCCAAGGAAUUAUCCACCCUAAUGCUAACAGAAUAGCGUUUAACCUGCGCCAUGGAAGCGGCAUUGCAUUGCACUACAAUCCUCGUUUUGAUGAGAACCUGGUUGUGCGCAACUCCCUUCACAAGGAGAGCUGGGGUUCAGAGGAACGGUUUGGAGGCAUGCCAUUUCAUAAAGGACAACCUUUUCAGGUCACCCUCUCUUGCAAUCCCCAUCAUUACAAUGUGUUUGUUGGUGGCCAGCAAGCACACACUUUCAACCACCGUUUCACAAAAUUGCAUGAAAUCGACAUUUUGGAGGUUUCUGGGGAUCUACAGCUGACUUUAGUGCAGGCCUAAGGAUUUAAUGUCUGAUAUAUUCAUCCAGGGCACUUAAUGCGAGGACAUAUUCAAUGUGUACGAAAUAGCUUACAUGUACAUUUAUAUUAUCAAAAUGUUUACUCCUGACAACAGCCUGUUAAGAAUCAUUCAGAUGUAUUCCUGUGCCCUUUUACUGUGAAUUUUAAUAUCAUCUAUAAAAAUAAAAGUUGUUUUUUAGACAAA